CGCCUAAACGCAAACCUGGCAUGCAUUUGCCACUUAGCCGCCAGAAUGGAAGCAUCGGUCGCCUACGCUUUAUUUUUGCACCGCCAAGAGCUGCAGCGCCGCAAAAUGCAGUACACCCAAGUGUCCAAGACGAAGAUUCAGUUGACCAAGGAGCUUAUAGCCGAGCAAAAGCAACGGCUGUCCACCAGCUCACCCGAGGACCUGGAGAUCCUGAGCAGGGAGACCCAGUUCAAGCGGCAGCUCCAGCAGAAACUCAAGCACCGGAACAAGCAGCUAAAGGCGAUUGCCAAGCACCAGGAGCGGCGGGGCUGAGGCAGCAGGAUGAGUCUCGACUUCCCUCA